CUUUGAAACUCGGGCUGAGUUCAAUUAGGAGACCAUGUCCGCCAUCAACCCACUGCGCUGUUCUGUAUUCUCGUUUAAACCAAAUUCUCCAUGAAAUAGCAGUAACGCGUGGCCUCGAGAAUGGCCAGCUCGGGUGCAGUUCAGGUGAAACUAGAGCUUGGUCACCGUGCCCAGGUCAGAAAGAAACCUACCGUGGAAGGUUUUACGCAUGACUGGAUGGUGUUCGUCAGAGGAGCCGAGCGCAACAACAUUCAGCACUUUGUGGAAAAAGUAGUUUUUCACCUGCACGAAAGCUUCCCAAGACCAAAAAGAGUGUGCAAAGACCCACCAUAUAAAGUGGAGGAGUCGGGGUACGCUGGCUUUAUCUUGCCAAUUGAAGUUUACUUCAAAAACAAGGAAGAACCUAAGAAAGUGCGCUUUGACUACGACCUGUUCCUGCACCUGGACGGCCACCCACCUGUCAAUCACCUGCGCUGUGAGAAGCUGACAUUCAACAACCCCACAGACGAGUUCCGGCGGAAGCUGCUGAAGGCUGGGGGGCAAAGAGAUCCACAUAAGAGAAGUACAGACGACUCUAAAGUGAUGGUAAUGCAGGAGGGAUCCACGUCCUUGUUCGGGCAGCAUUUGAAGCUCCCCACCCUCCCCAGCAGCUCCCUGACACUGACCUUCUCCGACGCCAAGAAGAGCAAGUCCUCCCUGGGGUCAAAGGUCGGUGGGGAUUCCCAGGAGGGGUCGAGAGGCGGCAGCGGUUCUCUCAACACAAGCGCCAACAGCGGUGGCGGUGGAGGCUCCACCAAGCUCCACAAGCCAUCGAAGGACCACAAAGACAGAACUGCAAAAGACUCAAAGGAGCAUAAAAGUGCCUUUAAAGACAGUGCCAGAGACCCCGGCAAACCUUCCAAAGAUUCCUCCAAGAAACCCAAAGAGAACCAACCGGUCCGGGACGAACGGUCCAUCCCCAAGAUGGGCUUCAAGGAACCCAAGGCCCUCUCCAAGGAACACAAGUCGGAGGGGACGGUCAAUCACGGGGGGUCUGGGGGGUCCAAAGCCCCUGGGAAGAGGCCGUCCGUCGGAGACGGCGAGGACCACGUGACCAAAAAGAAGAAGAAGGGUUUCUCUGAGGUGCCGGCGAAACCAGCGUCAGCGCCCACCUCCUCGCCGCCUCAUCAUCACUUGGAUAAAAAAACAUCACGGGAUAGGCCGCCCAUCCGGCCCGCUAAGCUGAAGGUGGACAGCGAACCAAUGGGGGGCAGGAAACCCCACGGACUCCCGCCUUUUCACGACCUCAUCGACCCCAACGACUCGGAUGCGGAGGACAACAUGUCCAACAAGUCAGAGUCAGAGCAGCCCAGCCCGGCCAGCUCCGCCUCCAGUUCCAGCUCUGGCUUCACACCCUCCCACAAGCACCACAGUAACGAUCGCCACGGUAAUGAUCGCCAAGUGCCUGAUUUCGUCUGCAGGAAGGUGGUGGCUGUUCCAACGACAGCGCACACAGUCUUGGGCCCCCUGCGAUCUAUAAUCCAGGAUCUGCACUCGGAGGAUAAUGAGGAAGAGUCGGAGGAUGACGAGGAUAACGAAGCGGACUCUGACCUCGAGCGGCCGCUACACACGCACCUGAGCCACCGGCACCGCAGGGUGAGUCUGAGUGAUGGCAGCGAUAGCGAGAACAGCUCUGCCUCUUCCCCCCCGCCUCGGAACGACCCCCCACCGCCCCUGCUGAAGACCAGCAAUAACCAGAUACUGGAAGUAAAAAGUCCAAUAAAGCAGAUGAAACAAGAAAAAAAUAUGAAAAACAUUGAUUGUGACAAGGCCUAUCUGGAUGAGCUGGUGGAACUGCACAGACGAUUGAUGGCACUGAGAGAAAGACACAUCUUACAACAGAUCGUCAACCUCAUCGAGGAGACGGGACACUUCCACAUCACCAACACCACCUUUGACUUUGACCUCUGCUCUCUGGACAAAACCACGGUGCGCAAGCUGCAGAGCUAUUUGGAGACUUCCGGAACAUCCUGAGGAUCUGGGGGGGGGCAGCUGGCUGCCAUGAAAGAGGAAGCUCCUCACACCCACAUC